AUGGUGGCACUGCUCAUUUUGAUGAACAUGAUGUGCACUAUUGGAUACUUUGAUCAUGCAAGUUUUCUUGGAACAAAGGCCCAAGAAACCACCUUGCAGGCAAAUUCAUAUGGAGGCAAUGAAGGAACCGGUUUUACCAAGGGCAUAAAUCUUGGAAGGAAGCUGACCGAGAAGGGAUAUGCGCGCGACUCUCUUCCUAGAGAUAUCUGCUGCAAAAUGCCCUCCAAUUCGUGCAAACUGAUAUAUGCUUGUUAG